GCCGGCGACCAGGGGUUGGGCAGAGCCUAGUUCCGUGCAACUUUCAAGUGAGUUGCAAACUCCGCCCCGAGGCCGGUACCGGUGGCCGGGGACCCGAACGAGCGAAGGCCGUGACCGCCACCCGCGGCCCGGGACCCGCAGCAGCGCCAAGGCGAGAGCCGAACACCUGGUUCCCGCAGAAGGAAGUGCGGGGCUGAGCCGUAACUGCCCCGGAGCGCGGCGGGGCGGAAGAACGUGCCCGCCCUUACCGGCUCCCAAGUCGGUUCCUUCGAGCCCCGGCCUCCUCGCCUCAGCCCACGGGUCUCCCCACUCUUCAGGCUCUGCGCACUGCGGAGUUGGGGGGCGGCGGGCUCCGCCUCUGCCAAGGGGCAGCCCGAGCGCCCCUCUGGUUCCCGCACUUCCACUGAUUAUCCCAUCCCAGCCCCGCGUGAGCGUCCCCCUGGUCUUCUUCUGUGGGGGUUCCCCCUUCGUCCCGAGGCUGCAGGAUGGUGUCCUGGAUGAUCUGUCGCCUGGUGGUGUUGGUGUUUGGGAUGCUGUACCCAGCUUAUGCUUCCUACAAGGCUGUGAAGACCAAGAACAUUCGUGAAUAUGUCCGGUGGAUGAUGUACUGGAUAGUCUUUGCACUGUUCAUGGCCGUGGAGACCUUCACAGACAUCUUUAUUUCCUGGUUCCCUUUCUACUACGAGAUCAAAAUGGCCUUUGUGCUGUGGUUGCUAUCACCUUACACCAAAGGGGCCAGCCUGCUUUACCGCAAGUUUGUCCACCCAUCCUUGUCCCGUCAUGAGAAGGAGAUUGACGCCUGCAUCGUGCAGGCCAAGGAGCGCAGCUAUGAGACGGUGCUCAGCUUUGGGAAACGGGGCCUCAACAUUGCUGCUUCAGCCGCUGUGCAGGCUGCCACCAAGGUGACGCGGUGGCUCCCCGGCCCUUGCAGAGUCAGGGCGCACUGGCCGGAAGGUUGCGAAGCUUCUCCAUGCAGGACCUGCGCUCCAUCCCUGAUGCCCCUGCCCCCGCCUACCAAGAUCCCCUCUACCUGGAGGACCAAGUACCUCGCUGCAGGCCGCCCAUCGGGUACCGGGCAGGGGGCCUGCAGGACAGCGACACCGACGAUGCGUGUUGGUCAGACACAGAGGCAGUUCCCCAGCCACCCAGCCGGCCCCGAGAGAAGCCUCUCGGCCGCAGCCAGAGCCUGCGUGUGGUCAAGAGGAAGCCGCCGGUGCGGGAGGGCACCACCUCGCGCUCCCUGAAGGUUCGGACAAGGAAAAAGACCAUUUCUUCAGACAAGAACAGCUAGGGUCUGCAGAGCCUGGUCUAAUCUGACCUCUUGCCUUAUGGGGCACUGGGGGCUGUUCGGAGGGGACCUCUGGCUGCACGUCUGACCUACCUACACCAGCUGCUCAGGCCCUGUCCUCUUGGCUCCUGGUGUCGUUAAGGGCCAGGUGCUGCUGGGGCCAUGCACAGGGCUACACCUGUAACGUACCAAAGCAGGCUGGGCCCAAGAUUCUAUUUAUAGUCUUUCUCAUCCUUCUACCCUCCCGGGUGUGUGGGACCAGAGUCCUUUCCAAACCUUUGCAAGUGAGACCAAAAGUCCACCCAGCUGUGUUCAUUCUUCCUGUCCUUCAAAGUACUUGACAGCCUCCUCCAAGGCCUUGUGUGUGUGUGUAGGUGUGUGUCCUGGUUGUAUGUUUUGUGUUGGUGAAUGAGGUCAGGUUUAUGCAUAUUUUGGUAAAUAAACACAUAAAAGUGU